CGGCCGGAGCCCGAGGAGCUGUAGCCGCAGCCGCCGCCGCCGCGGGGCGAGGUCGCCGCCAUGGCCCGCUGGAUCCCGACCAAGAGGCAGAAGUACGGGGUUGCGAUCUAUAACUACAAUGCUUCUCAAGAUGUGGAGCUCUCCCUGCAGAUUGGCGACACAGUUCACAUCCUGGAGAUGUAUGAGGGUUGGUACAGAGGAUAUACCCUCCAAAAUAAAUCUAAAAAGGGUAUUUUCCCUGAAACGUAUAUCCAUUUGAAGGAGGCAACUGUGGAAGACCUCGGGCAGCACGAGACUGUGAUUCCCGGCGAGCUGCCCCUGGUGCAGGAGCUCACGUCGACGCUGCGAGAAUGGGCCGUCAUCUGGCGAAAGCUCUACGUGAACAACAAGGUUACCCUGUUCCGCCAGCUGCAGCAGAUGACAUACAGCCUGAUCGAGUGGCGGUCCCAGAUCCUGUCUGGGACGCUCCCCAAGGACGAACUGGCAGAGCUCAAGAAGAAGGUCACAGCCAAAAUUGAUCAUGGGAACAGGAUGCUCGGGUUAGAUCUGGUGGUGCGAGAUGACAAUGGGAACAUUUUGGACCCGGAUGAAACCAGCACCAUUGCCCUCUUCAAGGCCCAUGAAGUAGCCUCCAAAAGGAUUGAGGAAAAGAUUCAAGAAGAAAAGUCGAUGUUGCAGAACCUGGACUUUCGGGGCCAGUCCAUCUUCAGCACCGUCCACACCUAUGGCCUGUACGUGAACUUCAAGAACUUUGUCUGCAACAUCGGGGAGGACGCGGAGUUGUUUAUGGCCCUCUACGAUCCAGACCAGUCCACCUUUAUCAGUGAGAACUAUCUGAUCCGUUGGGGCAGUAACGGGAUGCCCAAGGAAAUAGAGAAACUCAAUAACCUUCAAGCAGUGUUCACGGAUCUCAGCAGCACGGACCUCAUCCGGCCCCGCAUCAGCCUGGUGUGCCAGAUCAUCCGCGUGGGCCACAUGGAGCUGAAGGAAGGCAAGAAGCACACCUGUGGACUCCGAAGACCUUUUGGAGUGGCAGUGAUGGAUAUUACUGAUAUCAUACACGGGAAGGUGGACGAUGAAGAAAAGCAGCAUUUUAUUCCCUUUCAGCAGAUCGCGAUGGAAACCUACAUCCGCCAGAGGCAGCUCAUCAUGUCGCCCUUGAUAACGUCACAUGUGAUCGGGGAGAAUGAGCCACUCACUUCGGUCUUGAACAAAGUGAUAGCAGCGAAGGAAGUGAAUCACAAAGGACAAGGUCUUUGGGUGUCCUUGAAGCUUUUGCCAGGUGACCUCACACAGGUUCAGAAGAAUUUUUCGCACUUGGUUGAUAGAUCAACAGCAAUAGCGCGGAAAAUGGGCUUUCCUGAAAUAAUAUUGCCAGGAGAUGUUCGGAACGAUAUUUAUGUCACCCUCAUCCACGGCGAGUUUGACAAAGGGAAAAAGAAGACACCCAAGAACGUGGAGGUGACUAUGUCCGUGCACGACGAGGACGGCAAGGUGUUGGAGAAAGCAAUUCAUCCUGGUGCGGGAUAUGAAGGCAUUUCAGAAUACAAAUCAGUCGUCUAUUAUCAAGUCAAGCAGCCCUGUUGGUACGAGACUGUCAAGGUAUCCAUCGCCAUAGAAGAGGUCACACACUGUCAUAUACGAUUUACCUUCCGACACAGGUCAUCUCAGGAAUCCAGGGACAAAUCGGAGCGCGCCUUCGGGGCAGCCUUCGUGAAGCUCAUGAACCCGGAUGGCACCACUCUGCAGGAUGGGAGGCACGAUCUGGUGGUUUAUAAGGGCGACAACAAGAAAAUGGAAGAUGCUAAAUUCUACCUGACCCUGCCUGGGACCAAGAUGGAGAUGGAAGAAAAAGAGCUCCAAGCAUCCAAAAACCUGGCCGCCUUUACCCCCAGCAAGGAUAGCACAAAAGAUAGCUUUCAGAUCGCCACCCUCAUUUGCUCCACGAAGCUCACCCAGAAUGUGGACCUGUUAGGCUUGCUAAAUUGGCGUUCCAACUCCCAGAACAUUAAACACAACCUAAAGAAGUUAAUGGAGGUGGAUGGAGGAGAGAUUGUUAAGUUUUUGCAAGAUACACUAGAUGCACUUUUUAACAUAAUGAUGGAAAUGUCAGACAAUGAAACGUAUGACUUCCUUGUGUUUGAUGCACUGGUAUUUAUUAUUUCACUGAUAGGAGACAUCAAGUUCCAGCAUUUUAAUCCUGUACUUGAAACCUACAUAUACAAGCACUUCAGUGCCACCCUGGCAUACGUGAAACUCUCCAAGGUACUGAACUUUUAUGUGGCAAACGCAGAUGACUCCAGCAAGACAGAGUUGCUUUUUGCCGCUUUGAAAGCCUUGAAGUAUUUGUUUAGAUUCAUCAUCCAGUCUCGAGUGCUCUACUUGAGAUUUUACGGCCAGAGCGAAGAUGGAGAUGAAUUUAACAAUUCAAUCCGCCAGUUGUUUCUCGCUUUCAACAUGCUGAUGGACAGGCCUCUGGAGGAAGCCGUCAAGAUCAAGGGGGCAGCUUUGAAGUACCUUCCUAGCAUAAUUAAUGACGUCAAACUUGUGUUUGAUCCUACUGAGCUCAGCGUGCUCUUCUGCAAGUUCAUUCAGAGCAUUCCGGACAACCAGUUGGUUCGGCAGAAGCUGAACUGCAUGACCAAGGUAGUAGAGAGCAGUCUCUUCCGGCAGUCGGAGUGCAGAGACGUGCUGCUGCCGCUGCUCACAGACCAGCUCAGCGGCCAGUUAGACGACAACUCCAGCAAGCCUGACCACGAGGCGAGCUCGCAGCUGCUCAGCAGCAUCCUGGAGGUGCUGGACAGGAAGGAUGUGGGCCCCACGGCGCUGCACAUCCAGCUGAUAAUGGAACGGCUGCUGAGAAGGAUCAACCGCACGGUGAUCGGGAUGAACCGGCAGUCUCCCCACAUUGGCAGUUUUGUGGCUUGCAUGAUUGCCAUCCUACGGCAAAUGGAGGACAGCCACUACGGCCACUACAUCAGCACUUUCAAAACCAGACAGGACAUCAUUGACUUCCUCAUGGAAACUUUUAUCAUGUUUAAGGAUCUGAUUGGAAAAAAUGUCUAUGCCAAGGAUUGGAUGGUCAUGAACAUGACACAGAGCAGGGUCUUUCUCCGUGCCAUAAAUCAGUUUGCCGAAGUUCUCACGAGGUUCUUCAUGGAUCAGGCAAGCUUUGAACUUCAGCUCUGGAACAAUUACUUCCAUUUGGCAGUAGCAUUUCUCACCCAUGAGUCUCUUCAGCUUGAAACCUUCUCGCAAGCCAAGCGCAGCAAAAUUAUAAAAAAAUACGGGGACAUGAGAAAGGAACUCGGCUUUAGGAUCCGGGACAUGUGGUAUAACCUGGGUCCUCACAAAAUCAAAUUCAUCCCAGCCAUGGUGGGUCCCAUUCUGGAGGUCACUCUGACCCCCGAAGUAGAGCUCCAGAAAGCCACAAUCCCCAUUUUCUUUGACAUGAUGCAGUGUGAGUUCAAUUUCAGUGGCAAUGGAAAUUUCCAUAUGUUUGAGAAUGAAUUGAUCACGAAGCUGGACCAGGAGGUAGAAGGGGGCAGAGGGGACGAACAAUACAAGGUUCUUCUGGAAAAACUGCUCCUAGAACAUUGCCGGAAACAUAAGUACCUCGCCAGCUCUGGGGAGGUGUUUGCGUUCCUGGUCAGCAGCCUCUUGGAGAACCUGCUGGACUACAGAACCAUCGUCAUGCAUGACGAGAGCAAGGAGAACCGCAUGAGCUGUACGGUUAACGUGCUGAAUUUCUAUAAAGAAAAGAAGCGAGAGGACAUAUACAUAAGAUAUUUGUACAAGCUUCGCGAUUUGCACUGUGACUGUGAGAACUACACGGAAGCUGCCUGCACGCUCCUCUUGCACGCCGAGCUUCUGCAGUGGUCUGACAAGCCCUGUGUGCCCCAUUUGCUUCAGAGGGACAGUUACUAUGUUUAUACCCAGCAAGAGCUUAAAGAGAAGCUGUAUCAAGAAAUCAUAUCGUAUUUUGACAAAGGCAAAAUGUGGGAGAAGGCAAUCAAACUGAGCAAGGAGUUGGCCGAGACGUAUGAGAGCAAAGUGUUCGACUACGAGGGCCUUGGCAAUCUCCUGAAAAAAAGAGCCUCGUUUUACGAGAACAUCAUUAAGGCAAUGAGGCCUCAGCCUGAAUACUUUGCAGUUGGAUACUACGGCCAGGGCUAUCCUUCCUUCCUGCGGAAUAAAAUCUUUAUCUACCGGGGGAAGGAGUACGAGAGGCGAGAGGACUUCAGCCUGCGGCUGCUGACGCAGUUCCCCAACGCGGAGAAGAUGACCAGCACCACGCCCCCGGGAGAAGACAUCAAGUCCUCCCCGAAGCAGUACAUGCAGUGCUUCACUGUGAAGCCCGUGAUGAACCUGCCGCCCAGCUACAAGGAUAAGCCAGUUCCGGAGCAGAUCUUAAACUACUACAGAGCCAAUGAAGUGCAGCAGUUCAGAUACUCCCGGCCGUUCCGGAAAGGAGAAAAGGACCCGGACAAUGAGUUUGCUACCAUGUGGAUUGAACGGACCACGUAUACGACGGCCUAUACCUUUCCCGGGAUUCUCAAGUGGUUUGAAGUCAAACAGAUUUCCACAGAGGAGAUCAGCCCUCUGGAGAACGCCAUCGAGACCAUGGAGCUGACCAACGAGAGGAUCAGCAACUGCGUGCAGCAGCACGCCUGGGACCGGUCGCUCUCCGUGCACCCGCUGUCGAUGCUGCUCAGCGGCAUCGUGGACCCUGCUGUCAUGGGCGGCUUCUCCAACUAUGAAAAGGCUUUCUUUACAGAGAGGUACUUGCAGGAGCAUCCUGAAGACCAAGAGAAGGUCGAGCUGCUAAAGCGACUGAUAGCAUUACAGAUGCCUCUGCUGACGGAAGGGAUCCGCAUCCACGGGGAGAAGCUGACGGAGCAGCUCAAGCCGCUGCACGACCGCUUGUCUUCCUGCUUCCGGGAGCUCAAGGACAAAGUCGAAAAGCUCUAUGGGGUUAUAACGCUGCCACCCAACCUGACAGACAGGAAGCCAAGCCGCACGGGCUCCAUCGUGCUGCCCUACAUCAUGUCCUCCACUCUGCGGAGGUUGUCCAUCACCUCCGUGACGUCCUCUGUGAUUUCCACCUCUUCAAACUCCUCUGACAAUGCUCCCUCCAGACCAGGAUCUGAUGGGUCAAUCCUGGAGCCACUUUUGGAGCGCAGGGCCUCGUCAGGUGCCAGAGUCGAAGACCUGCCCCUCAGGGAGGACGGCGAGAACCGGAUCAGCAAGUUUAAGAGAAAAGACUGGAGUCUGAGCAAGUCCCAGGUCAUUGCAGAGAAGGCUCCAGAACCUGACCUGAUGAGCGCGGCCAGGAAAGCACAAAGGCCGAAGAGUCUCCAGCUGGUGGACAAUCGGCUGACGCCGUUUCACGGUUCUUCGCCUCCCCAGUCGACGCCCUUGAGCCCGCCUCCGCUCACCCCUAAAGCUACCAGGACCCUAAGCUCCCCGUCUUUGCAGAUAGACGGACUGGUGACUGCUGCUGUCCCGCCCCCACCGCCCCCCAAAAGCAAGCCCUAUGAGAGCAGCCAGAGGAACUCCACCGAGAUUGCUCCUCCGCUGCCUGUCCGAAGAGAAGCCAAAGCCCCGCCUCCCCCACCUCCAAAAGCUCGGAAGUCUAGCAUCCUCUCUUCUGAGCCUGGCUCCCAGUAAGGACCUUGCCCUCUCUCUGAACCUCCGAGUGCCUUGGCCACCUGCCGCCUGAGACCUGGCCUCCAGGAGCCGGAGUGCUCAUCACACGGGGCUCCCUGCUGACUGCGCUGCCUGAUCUGGGAUGCUUUUGUUCUUCCGAAAGCUCCUCUUUGGUCGCUGUGUGAGGCCAUGCCACGUCCCCCUCCAGUCCACAGGGAGUUCCAGAAUUGGCCAAAAAUCUUGUGUAUUUUUCAAAGGAAAGAUCUCCUUCACCGUUAAUAAAUUUCAGCCUCAACCGCAGAGACACGGGGGUCUGCAAAGUUCUCCUGCAGUGUUUGCAGAGCACCCCCGGUAACCUAUGCCUUGGAGGGAUUUCUCGCUUUGCUUCUGAAAAGCUGUGCUGAGACUCGGUUAUUUUUCUCUUGUGGACACACCUAUCCUAUCCCAUAUAGCAUCUUGGAAGAGGUGGAUGUCAAGUUCACUUUGGUAGCCAAGAUAAUAGUAUCUUGCUAAAGUCUACCAUGUCUCCUUUGAGCAAGAAAACGCACUUUUUUCAUGGAGGUUGGCCACUCUCGGGCAUGAGUGGCUAUCAUUAUUGAAAAAAUCGUGAGCCCUGAGCUCUUGUGUCCCCUCACCCCGUCCUCUUGUGGCACAGGAAAGCUACCCUCUUCCUGUCCCCGCCAGAAUCCUGGCACACUCCCGACUAAUGGCCCUCACUGCUCCCUCGGACUGUAGACCCCUUGGAAGCUCUGCCUUUUGCACGUCCAGUUUUUGUCCUGUUACCUCCUCUGAGCUCAAAUCACUGGCUACACGGGACUUAGGAGCCUGGUUCAGCAGCUGCUUUUCCACAUCCUACCUACAUGACUCGGUGGCCCCUCUCUGCUGCCUGACUUUACCCUGGAGAAUACAGUGCAAUAUUUUCCUUUGAUUAUUUAUUUCUCUUGAUUGUGGAAUUAAUUUGAUUACUUGCUAAUGGUACUAAUUGUCAGUGCUCCUUUCAGAAGGAAGAAACGGGGUGAUUUUGAUGACCAAAUAUUACAUACACAUACAUAAACAGACACACAAAGCUGUAGACGUUUUGAGCUGGCAGGGCCUCAGAGGUUAUACAGAGAAACCCCUUUAUUUAGUAGAUUAGGAAAUUGAGGCUAUACACAGAAAAUCGUGCUACAGAUUCUUACUAAUAACCCAGCUUGCUCAAUUAAGUUAUGCCCGGGGAACACUUAGAUCUAGAAGACAACUCUGACGAACUGUUUAAUGCCUACCCCCAGUUGGAACAAUAUUUGGAAUGUCCCAGAUGUUUCCAAACUGCUUAGGUAUUUGUGGCAGCGUCCUCUCCCCGGGGAGGUCAAGAGAGCAGAGACAGAUUGCAGCUGUGUGACGUGGCAUCUGCCCGCGUGCCUUGUCACCCCACCCCGUCUUCCGGAGAGACGUGAUCAGGUCAUCCCAAGGGGCAAGGAAGCAAAAACCGGGGAUAAGACCUUCCACACAAGUUGUCGUGAGGUUCAAACGAGAUGGAGUACGUGAGGGAGCAGAUGCUUUUGCAACGGUCCUUUCUUUUCUCUGCCAGGCCUGAGUAAGAGCUGGAACUCUCUAAGAGCAUUAUUGAUGCUCCUUUUUUUUUUUUUUAAGGUAAUUUGGAAUGUGAGCGCAGGUUAGUUCUGCACUUCUCAAAAAUGUAGCAUCUUUUGGAGGCUUUUGCAAAAUUAUGUCUGAGCCAAAGUGUUAAUAAGACCUGAAGAGGAUUUUAAGUGGGAAGAACUCAAGCUCCAUGGAGAAAGGAGGAGGCCACAGAAAGUUUGUGUGGAGCUACGUGGAGCCUGGAACAACUUCUGAGAAGUCACUUUGCAGACUACCGAGAGGAGAUUUGUAUGCCUCACUCUACUUUUUGGGCUGCCAUUAAAACAGAAAGAUAAUCUAGGUCACCAAAAAACCCCUCAAACCUCAGGCUAAUCCUUCCAGCACAGUAGAAGUGAGUCCCACAGUCUGGUCUUUGAGUGGAGACUGGGGAGAGAGGAUCAUUAGUGCCCAGAUGCCUGCCCUGUUUUGAUAGAACGUGUUUUUCCAUAUGAUUCCCAUCCCACAUGCAUGGAAACGAUAGCUCUCUCCUGCCUGAACACAAAGGGUUCCAGGUAGUGUUGUGGAUAAUAGGUCAGAGAGGACAUCGAAGGUUCGUUGCUUGGGAAGCUAUUGGGUAGGAAGGAGUCACGUUUGACAAAAAGUUAUAAAUAAUGCCUGUGCUGAAGUCAAAGAGGAAAACUGCAAAGAAAUGUCUCAUGAUUACUCUAAAUAUGGAAGAGAUAAGGAGCAGGGAGGAAAAAGGAAAAUAUCUGGUCUUUAUGUUUCUUGCUUAGAACUCUGGAGUAUUAGAAGACAUUGAGAUUAGCCCCCAAAUUGUCACAACGUUUGCAAAUAUUGGUUUGUGGGUUUGUGAUGGUAUUUUUUUAAUCCCAUUUUUCUCUCUCUGUCCUGGUGACUUGUCUGGCUUUGAGAUUUUUUUUUUUUUUUUAAGAAUUGUGAAGAGUUGUAAAGAAGGUAAUAUUCAAUAUAUAUUAAAUGUUCUUAUGGAAUGCCAGGCACUGUACUAGUCCCUCGAGAUGUGGUAGUUUGACAUGUUCAAUGGGAACAGCCCCCGUGUAUAAAGGCAGAUCACACUAGUGUGCUGUAGGAUUGGAAAGUGAGUAGUAUGAGAUAACAGUGAAACCCCGAACAAGGCUGUCGGGCCACGGGUUGCUUCCUCCUCCUCCACCUUACCCCCUUGACUUUGACAGAAAUGCAGUCAUUUGCUCCUGCCAGAAGAACCCAUUGAAAACUGCAGCCACACAACAAUGCAUUAGAGAAAACAAGAUGUGAAGCCAGAUCUAGCUCUUUCCUAGCUGGGAGAGUCCUUCCCCUCUAGUUGCGUCGAGGUCUCCGGCCAAUUUCUUAUUUUAAAAUUGAGAGGGAGCUUACAUGCAGUGAAGUUCACACACCUUAGGUGUGCAGAUGGGUGAGCGUUCACAGAGCUUUACACCGGCGUCCCCACCUUUCAGUUACAGGCGUUGGUUAUUUCCAGCACCCCAGGUUCCCGUGUGCCCAUGGCACCGUUUUCUGGAAAGGUAUUUAGAAGCCCCUUCAAAUCUGUGCCUUCCCUUCCUCACGUCUCAGGUAUAAUGAAGGGGGAGAAAAACCCCGCCGUCACCACAAAACAAGACUAGAAAGAGUUGGGUACCUUUUAGCAAGUCAAUUUGUAGUCAGUUCCUGGGUCUCAAUUUCCUCAUCUGUUUAAAAAAAAAAAAAAGAGAGACUACAUGAGUUUUAGAAUUAUUUCAGCCCCAGCUGCUCUCAUUUUAAAUGAACAAAAAGAGGGAGAAUCAGACGGAAACUAAGUUAUGGACAAAAGCUUCUAGGUCCAGGCACUGUACUUUUCCCAUUUUUCAUCCCAAGUUGGUGCUUUGAUCCUGCCAUGCCCUGGCUAUUAAGACAAAAAGAUCUGUGGACAUUAAAAUUAGGACUAUGCCAGUAAUCCAGUACACAUUGAAAUAUUGACACAAAUCACUAUAACUCUCUGCAACAAUUUAUAAACAAUGUCAUUUCCAUAACAGUCUUCAGGCUUCACCAGCUAUAUGCCUGUGUGCAUUGUAACUAGACUUUCAGUUCAUUUUAACAAUUAUGCCUUUUUUUCUCUAUAUCAUUUGGGAAGUUGAUAAAUAUCACUUCCUUGGAAACUUUCAUUCAGCUAUAUGUCUGUUUUUUUUUUUUUUUUAAUUAAAUUGGAAAAGGUAAGUUUCUCUUUGGAUGGGUUGAAACUUGAACCAUCAAUUCUGUAAUAAUUUGCAGAAGGAAGAAAGUGGUUUUUCCUUUCAGGUGAAUGAUUUCAGUCUGAUUCUUAGGAUCUAACCAAAGCUGGUCUCCCGUAUGUGCUGUCCAAACUCAUCUAUGAGUCACAUUUUUGUGUCAGUUGUUCACCUAAACUUUGUGAAGAAUUCCUUCUAUAUGAUUUUGUAACUAGUUGGAUUUCAAACAUGGGCAGUUAGGAUGGCGUGCAUUGAAGUAGAAGACUUUUGUUCAGAUUUGCUGUUAUUUAUUUUUUAAAUUAAAAAUGGAAGUGUAUUUUAAAGUU